UCUGCCCUCUCUAUCUAAAUGCCCUAUAGCUAGCACUGGCAUGAAACCGCUACAGAUCUACAAAAAGACAUUCUGUCCAGUGUCACGGUAAAUUACGGAGAAGGUCAUUGAAAAGGGAUCAGGUUGUCUCCCGGUAAUCUUAAGAGGAAAUUCAGCCGUUUAAAGGAAAUAAAGGAAAUAGCGGCCGGAGUCCAAAGAGCAUUUGUUUCUCUCUCCUUCCCAUGGAUCAAAAGCCGGCUGGAAUUGACAGAUACAACACCGUGUGACGUUAGUUCUCUUCAGGGAAUAAUGCCAUAAUAGAACGAGGUAAAAAAAAAAAGAACAGAAGACUUCCAGGAAAGCAUCGCCGAUUACACUUGAAUCAUGGAAAACGCGCAUACCAAAACCGUGGAAGAGGUGCUCUUCUAUUUCGGAGUGAACGAGUCGACAGGACUGAGCAUCGACCAGGUGAAGAAGGCCAAGGAAAGAUGGGGACCUAACGAACUCCCUGCAGAAGAAGGAAAGUCGCUAUGGGCUCUCGUCUUGGAGCAGUUUGAAGAUUUGUUAGUGAGAAUUCUGCUUCUGGCAGCCUGCAUCUCUUUCAUACUCGCCUGGUUUGAAGAAGGAGAGGGGACCAUCACAGCCUUUGUUGAGCCAUUUGUCAUCCUCCUUAUCCUAAUCGCCAAUGCUAUAGUUGGUGUCUGGCAGGAGCGCAAUGCUGAAAAUGCCAUUGAAGCACUAAAGGAGUAUGAACCGGAGAUGGGAAAGGUGUACCGGCAGGACAAGAAGAGUGUCCAACGGGUGAAGGCCAGGGACAUAGUACCUGGGGACAUAGUCGAAGUAGCAGUUGGUGACAAGGUUCCAGCUGACAUUCGCAUCACCUCCAUUCGAUCAACUACUCUGAGGGUGGAUCAGUCCAUCCUUACUGGAGAAUCGGUGUCGGUCAUCAAGCACACAGACCCGGUGCCAGACCCAAGAGCUGUAAACCAGGAUAAGAAGAACAUGCUAUUCUCUGGUACCAACAUCUCUGCAGGGAAAGCAAUUGGGGUGGCGAUAGCUACUGGCGUACAGACAGAAAUUGGGAAGAUUCGUGAUGAGAUGGUGGCAACUGAACCAGAACGCACACCGUUGCAGCAGAAGCUCGAUGAAUUUGGGGAACAGCUGUCCAAGGUCAUUUCCAUAAUCUGUGUGGCUGUCUGGGCCAUUAACAUUGGGCACUUCAGCGACCCAGUUCAUGGCGGUUCUUGGCUACGUGGUGCGGUCUACUACUUCAAGAUUGCAGUGGCUCUUGCUGUGGCUGCCAUUCCAGAAGGCCUUCCUGCUGUGAUCACCACUUGCCUUGCGCUGGGAACUCGGCGGAUGGCUCGUAAAAAUGCCAUUGUGCGUAGCCUGCCGUCAGUAGAAACCCUGGGCUGCACCUCUGUGAUCUGCUCUGACAAAACGGGCACGUUAACCACAAACCAAAUGUCUGUCUGUCGGAUGUUUGUAGUGGAAAAUGUCGUGGGAGAUUUCUGUGCUCUGAGUGAGUUCACUGUGACUGGAUCGACUUACUCUCCAGAAGGUGAAGUCUUGAGAAAUGGUGUGCCCAUCAGCUGCUCCCACUAUGAGGGCUUGGUUGAGCUGGCCACAAUUUGUGCUCUAUGUAAUGACUCUUCUCUUGACUUCAAUGAGGCCAAGGGAACCUACGAGAAGGUGGGUGAAGCUACUGAGACUGCCCUCUGCUGUUUGGUGGAGAAAAUGAAUGUGUUUGACACCAACCUGCGUGUGAUCAGUAAGGCCGAGAGAGCAACGGCUUGCAGCUCGGUGAUCAAGCAACUCAUGAGAAAGGAACUGACCUUGGAGUUCUCUCGCGAUCGCAAGUCCAUGUCCGUUUUAUGUUCUCCCAACAAACCAACAAGGUCUACCUCCGGCAGUAAAAUGUUUGUUAAGGGAGCCCCAGAAAGCAUACUUGAGCGCUGCUCUUAUGUACGAGUAGGAUCGCAACGUGUCCCGCUCACUGCAGGCCUCCGGGACAGGGUGACGACAGUUAUCAGGGAGUGGGGAUCUGGUCGGGACACUCUCCGCUGCCUGGCAGUAGCGACACGAGAUCAACCUCCAAGGAGAGAAGAGAUGAACCUUGAGGAUGCUUCCUUGUUUGUGAAGUAUGAGUCGGACCUGACUUUUGUGGGCUGCGUAGGAAUGCUUGAUCCACCCCGCAAAGAGGUCCUGGGAGCCGUGAGGAUGUGCCGACAGGCGGGGAUCCGUGUCAUAAUGAUCACGGGUGACAAUAAGGGCACCGCCGUAGCCAUCUGCCGCCGCACUGGCAUCUUGACACCGGAAGAGGAGCAACAAGGAACAUUUGUGAGUCUGACAGGCCGGGAAUUUGAUGAGCUGAGUCCGGCAAUGCAGAGACAAGCCUGUCGCACAGCCUGUUGCUUUGCCCGCGUCGAACCAGCACAUAAGUCUCGGAUUGUGGAGUACCUGCAGUCCUUCAAUGAUGUUACUGCAAUGACUGGAGAUGGGGUGAACGAUGCCCCUGCCUUAAAGAAAGCCGAGAUUGGUAUUGCAAUGGGCUCUGGAACAGCAGUGGCAAAGAGUGCGUCAGAAAUGAUCUUGGCAGAUGACAACUUCUCCACCAUUGUGGCUGCGGUAGAAGAAGGCCGAGCCAUCUACAACAACAUGAAGCAAUUCAUUCGCUACCUCAUCUCAUCCAAUGUGGGAGAAGUGGUCAGUAUUUUCCUGACAGCUGCUCUUGGGAUGCCUGAAGCCUUGAUUCCUGUCCAGCUACUUUGGGUCAACCUUGUGACUGAUGGCUUUCCAGCCACUGCCCUGGGCUUCAACCCUCCUGACUUGGACAUCAUGGGCAAACCUCCCCGAAACCCCAAGGAACCGCUGAUUUCUGGCUGGCUUUUCUUCAGAUACCUCAUCAUUGGCUGCUAUGUUGGCGUUGCCACUGUCACUGCUGCCGCUUGGUGGUUCAUGGCCGCUAAUGAUGGUCCAAAAGUCACCUACUACCAGCUGAGUCAUUACCUUCAGUGCAGCAGGACUAAUCCAGAAUUCAUCGGCGUCGAUUGUUCUGUUUUUGAAUCUCCCUACCCCAUGACCAUGGCCUUGUCUGUGCUGGUCACCAUUGAGAUGUGCAAUGCCCUCAACAGUUUGUCAGAAAACCAGUCCCUCCUGAAGAUGCCUCCAUGGGCGAACAUGUGGCUGGUUGGAGCCAUUUGCUUAUCCAUGGCCCUCCAUUUCCUUAUUCUUUAUGUGGACCCUUUACCGGUGAUCUUCCAGAUACGGCCACUGAGCACAAUCCAGUGGGUAACCGUCCUGAAGAUGUCCAUUCCUGUGAUUUUGAUUGAUGAGGUGCUUAAAUUUUUGGCCCGCAAUUACGUAGACCCCGGCCGUGACCUCGAGCAAGAGGAAGAGGAGGCAGCAGUACGACAUGGGCAGCGGCACAGCAGCCUGCUAAACAGGCUGCAGCGAUCCUUGCGGGGUGUCUCCUGGUCCUUUGUCUUGAUUGUCACUCCUCUUCUGGUCUGGCUAUAUAGCCUGGACACCGACAUCACCAACAUCUUUUGGUCUUAAAGAUGGCCGCUCUGGAAAUGGGAAUGAGAAUGGCAUUGUGUACCCUGUGCAUGGACAAGCCUGUCUGUGCCCCUGCAAUACAGCAUGCAACACAUGUGAAGCUCUACUGUCCAUCUACCUGGCAUUAAAACAUCCUGGACAGCCUGGCUGUGCCCAGCACAAAGCAAACAAUGCCUUGUUAACCGCCAGAAAAAAAGCAAGCUGCAAGAACAAGGGAUUUUACUUUUUUGUGCUUUUUUUUUGUUAAUUUGUUUUGUAUCUUUUUACUUUGUUAAAGAAAA